ACCCCCUAGGAGAAUGAGGAGGGAUCCUAUUGGAUUAAGGACCAACUUCUGAGCUCUAGGAAGCGGCAACAUUUGGGGACACAUUAAGGAGAGGAAAAGAUGGAGAACAUCACCCUUCUUCUCGGCUCUAGUCUCAGGAGCAAGUUUGUCCGCUGGGGACUCUUCUGUUUCUUUUGCUCUCUAGACAUAUGCAUCCCUAGGACUUCACAGCAAGUAAUUAGAUUUGGAGGAAUUUUUGAAACUGCAGAAAAUGAAGCAGUUAAUGUUGAAGAAUUAGCUUUCAAGUUUGCAGUAACCAACAUUAACAGAAACCGAACACUCAUACUUAAUAACACAUUAACUUACGAUAUCCAGAGAAUUAAUCUUUUUGAUAGUUUUGAAGCCUCAAGAAGAGGUCUAAUUCGUCUGCAAGAACUGAUCAAGGCUCCUUCCAAAUACAACAUUAAAAUAAAAAUCCGUCAACUGCCCUCUGGGAAUAAAGAUGCCAAGCCUUUACUGAAGGAAAUGAAAAAAGGAAAUGAGUUCUAUGUGAUAUUUGAUUGUUCAUAUGAAAUGGCAGCUGAAAUUCUUAAGCAGAUUCUUUUCAUGGGUAUGAUGACUGAAUAUUAUCACUACUUUUUUACAACACUGGAUUUCUUUGCACUAGACCUGGAAAUCUACAGAUAUAGUGGAGUAAAUAUGACUGGAUUUCGGCUACUUAAUAUCGAUAACCCUCGAGUUUCAUCCGUUAUUGAAAAAUGGUCAAUGGAAAGAUUGCAAGCUCUACCCAAGUCAGAAAUGGGUCUACUGAAUGGCAUGAUGACAACUGAAGCAGCUUUGAUGUAUGAUGCUGUGUAUGCAGUGGCUAUUGCCUCUCACCAAGCUUCUCAGAUGACUAUCAGCUCCUUGCAGUGUCACCGACAUAAACCAUGGCGCUUUGGACACAGAUUUAUUAAUUUGAUCAAAGAGGCACAAUUGGAUGGCUUGACUGGGCGCAUCACCUUCAAUAAAACAGAUGGCUUAAGGAAAGAUUUUGAUUUGGACAUUAUUAGUCUCAAGGAGGAAGGAACAAAAAAGAUUGGAAUUUGGAAUUCCAACAGUGGUCUUAAUAUGAGUGACAGCCAUAAAGAGAGGUCCACUAAUAUUACUGACUCGCUAGCCAAUCGAACACUCAUAGUUACAACCAUUCUGGAGGAGCCCUAUGUGAUGUUCAAAAAGUCUGACAAGCCUCUCUAUGGAAAUAAUAGAUUUGAAGGGUACUGCUUGGAUUUGCUUAAAGAGUUGUCAAGCAUUCUGGGUUUCAUUUAUGAUGUUAAACUAGUUUCUGAUGGUAAAUAUGGAGCCCAGAAUGACAAAGGAGAAUGGAAUGGAAUGGUCAAAGAACUUAUAGAUCAUAAAGCUGAUCUGGCUGUUGCUCCUCUUACAAUCACCUAUGUGAGAGAGAAGGUCAUUGACUUUUCCAAACCUUUUAUGACACUAGGCAUUAGCAUUUUAUAUAGAAAACCCAAUGGCACAAAUCCUGGUGUCUUCUCAUUUCUCAAUCCUCUCUCUCCUGAUAUUUGGAUGUAUGUUCUCUUAGCCUGCCUUGGAGUCAGUUGUGUCCUCUUUGUAAUUGCAAGGUUUACACCCUAUGAAUGGUAUAACCCCUAUCCAUGCAAUCCUGAUUCAGAUGUGGUGGAAAACAAUUUUACUUUACUAAAUAGUUUCUGGUUUGGAGUUGGAGCUCUCAUGCAGCAAGGCUCCGAGCUAAUGCCUAAAGCUCUUUCUACAAGAAUAGUAGGAGGAAUUUGGUGGUUUUUCACCUUAAUCAUCAUUUCAUCCUACACUGCAAAUCUGGCUGCCUUCUUAACAGUAGAGAGAAUGGAAUCCCCCAUAGAUUCAGCAGAUGACUUGGCAAAGCAAACAAAGAUCGAAUAUGGGGCAGUGAGAGAUGGAUCAACAAUGACCUUCUUUAAGAAAUCAAAGAUAUCCACUUAUGAGAAAAUGUGGGCUUUCAUGAACAGCAGGCAACAGACAGCCUUGGUAAAAAAGAAUGAUGAAGGUAUCCAACGUGUACUCACUACCGACUAUGCUCUACUGAUGGAGUCUACUAGUAUUGAAUAUGUGACCCAGAGAAACUGCAACCUUACUCAGAUUGGAGGACUCAUUGAUUCCAAAGGUUAUGGAGUGGGAACCCCUAUUGGCUCUCCUUACCGAGAUAAAAUUACUAUAGCUAUCCUUCAACUACAAGAGGAAGGAAAAUUGCAUAUGAUGAAAGAAAAAUGGUGGAGGGGAAAUGGCUGCCCUGAGGAAGACAGCAAAGAGGCCAGUGCUUUGGGAGUAGAAAACAUUGGUGGCAUCUUUAUUGUAUUGGCUGCUGGGCUUGUCCUUUCUGUAUUUGUGGCUAUUGGAGAGUUUAUAUAUAAAUCAAAGAAGAACAGUGAUGUUGAACAGGCUUUUGGGUUUUUUUAUGGACAACAGUGUAAACAAACUCAACCAUCCAACUCCACAUCUGGAACCACCUUCACUAUGGAAUUAGACUGUGGCAAAUUGAUUCAAGAGGAACAAGGGACUCAGACACAGUCCUCAGUCCAUACUGUAUAGUCAAUAAAACAAAAGGUGUGUCAAAUGGAAAUUAUUGCAAGGCUUAUAACCUUCAAACAGCAUUUAACUCUUCCAAAUAACAGUAACCAUAAUUUCUGUAUUCCACAAAAAAGGUUUCAAAUGCAGAGAUCUGGAAUGUUUCAUACUCAUCUUAAAAUAACAGAAGCUCACCUUUUAUAGGCAUUAAAUAUAAUGCAUUAUAUAUUUGCA